ACAGGCUCUGCAAGCCGCGUCGCCGAGCCAGUCAUGCGUAUCUUCGUGCUCUCCGGCCAGAGCAACAUGGCCGGCCGCGGCGGCGUGCAUCAUCGGCGCUGGGACGGCGUGGUGCCGCCGGAGGGCACGCCGGACCCGUCCAUCCAGCGCCUCUCCGCCUCGCUGGACUGGGAGGAGGCCCGGGAGCCGCUCCACGCCGACAUCGACACCACGAAGACCUGCGGCGUCGGGCCCGGGAUGGUCUUCGCCCGCGCUGUGCUCCCGUGCCUGCAGGAGGACGCCCUCGGCGAGGGGGCCCGGACCGGGAUCGGGCUCGUGCCGUGCGCCGUCGGCGGGACGGCUAUCCGGGAGUGGGCUCGCGGGGAGCGCCUGUACGAGCAGAUGGUGUGCCGGGCGCGCGUCGCGGCCGGGUACGGCGAGAUCGAGGCCGUGCUGUGGUACCAGGGGGAGAGCGACGCGGAGUCUGACGCCGCAACGGCGGCGUACCGCCGGAAUAUCGAGGGGCUCAUCGCCAAUGUCAGAGCGGAUCUUGGGAUGCCGCAGUUGCCUUUUAUUCAGGUUGCUCUUGCAUCCGGCGAUAAAAGGAACAUUGACAAAGUGAGAAGUGCUCAAUUUAGCGUUAACCUGCCCAAUGUUGUAACUGUUGAUGCAAUGGGUCUUGCGUUGAACGAAGAUAACAUGCAUCUUACCACUGAGUCACAAGUAAAGCUUGGUAACAUGCUUGCAGAAGCCUACAUCAAGAACUUCUUAACAACAACUUGUUAGGUGAAUGCCAUUAGGCUGUUCCUUCUUCAAUCCACAGUGAAUAUGUUUGACAAAGGCACUGCAGUACAAGACAGCAAGACAAUUAUGUGCUCGAGAUCCAAAUCAAAUGAUAUUCGGGAGUUCACCCUAGAGGCUCAAAACUCAUGUAGUGUAUAAUAUUUCAAAUUCAGUUCAUAACGUUUCCCUCCAUAUAUAAAAUAAUUGCUACCCGUUUAGUUUCUACUAGUUCUAUGUUGCGUAGGAAUUUGCUUAAAUUCACGUGGAGCUGAAUUAUUUCUGUUAGAAUAUAUGGCAAUAUCUCAGCCAUUUAUGGCCUUAAAAGCACUGCAUUCCAGGAAGAGAUUUGUAGCCUGACAGCUAGCUAGAGUUGAUUAGGCUAGAUUACAGGAGAUUAUCUCCUUCCAUAUUUGUACACUCCCUCCUGUGUAUAUGUAUUGGCCGCAUCAAUGGAGAAUUUGUCUGUCCGCUUCUCCCAAA